AUGCGCGAGAGCGUGACGGUCUCGCGCAUCGAAUGGGCGAGGAGAUUUAAGCUGGCGGUGUCGCUGGUUGGUUAUGCGAUAUCGACGCGUUUCCGGCCAUGCCGCCCGCCGCCCGCCGCCCGCCGCCUGAGCCCGCCGCGGUCGGACUCCACCUCCACCAUCGUGGCCGGCACGGCGGCCGGGUCCCACCUCCUCAAGAUCGACGGGUACUCGCUCACCAAGGGGACCCCCAAUGGCUCGUUCCUUAUCUCCAGCCAGUUCACCGUCGGCGGCCACCGCUGGCGCAUCAGGUACUAUCCCAACGGGUUCUCAUCCAGCUCCGCCGAUUUCAUUUCGCUUUUCCUCGUGCUAGACGAGAAGGUGAAGGUGCAGGCGAAGUCGGACUUCCAGAUCAGUUACACCGGCCAGGUGGAUGAGCCACCGUGGUUGGCAACCAUGAAAGCGGAUACUUUCGAUGGUGCGGGCUUUCGGUCUUUCGGCUAUGAAAAGUUCGUCAGAAGGUGUGACUUUGAGAAGCUCAUCAGGGACGACUCUUUCACCAUCCGUUGCGACAUUGUUGUCAUCGACGAGAUCCGCGCCGAGGAGUCGACCGAGAUCACCACCACCACAGCCGCCGUCGUCACCGUGCCCCCGUCUGACCUGAACCAGCAGCUCGGCGACCUGCUGGAGAGCGAGAAGGGCGCGGAUGUGGUGUUCGAGGUCGGCGGCCAGACGCUCGCGGCGCACCGGUGCGUGCUCGCGGCGCGGUCGCCGGUCUUCAAGGCGGAGCUCUAUGGCUUGAUGAAGGAGGGUGGCACCGCCGCCGGAGCCGUGCACAUCGAGGACAUUGAGCCGCGCGUGUUCAAGGUGCUGCUCCGCUUCAUGUACACCGACUCGCUCCCGGAGAUGGAGGAGGAAGACGUCAUGUGCCAGCAUCUGCUCGUCGCGGCGGACCGGUACAACCUCGAGAGGCUCAAGCUGAUCUGCGAGGAGAAGUUGUGCAGGCACAUUAGCGUCGGCACGGUAUGGAACAUCCUGCCGCUGGCUGAUCAGCACCACUGUGACGGGCUGAAGAAAGCGUGCUUCGAUUUCCUCGGCUCACUGGCAAACCUGAGUGCUGUCGUCGCCAGUGAUGGCUUCAAGCAUCUUUGCAGGAGUUGCCCCUCUCUUAUGGAAGAGCUGGUUGUCACGCUGGCACUUCCAGGGAGUCAUGCUUAGUGACUUACUGUUCAUGUGUUCUUGCAAUGGCCAGUGGUAGUUUUUGUUGCUGAGUUUGAACCUUUGUCAUCAGGUAGUUUAAUUUGCUUAUCUUCUUUUAGCACACUGAUAUGCGGGUGAAUUCCCCGUGUUUAGGCCUUUUACCAUCUAUCCUAAGCAGAAGUUAGAAAUCGUCUCAGUUUUUUUUACUAUCCCUACAGCUUCACUAUUAAAUCUCUAUGGAUUGUCACUUGUUACCUGGUAUUAAACUUAACUAGAUGCUGGGGCGCGCCAAUGGCGCGCCGCCUACACAUAGAUUGGUUGAUUACUGUAGACUAAUCAUUUGUUUUCUGGCUGAAUCAAUGAUUAUGUAAGGAGAAAACCCACGAAUACAUUUGCAGGGGAUGCUGUUGAUGAGUAAUUUUGCAUACAUCGUUGUACAGAUUCUGCUGAGAACAAAACUCUUACACAUUA